AUGGCAGCUCUCUCCUCUGCAGCCCGACCUCUCCUUCGAUUUCGAGGCCUCCGAUCAUGCGUUCCCCACCGUUUCGCGACAUCCUCCCCGUCAGGCGCCGCCACGAGCUCCAAACGGACUCCCAUGAUGUCUCCUCAGAGCUCCGUGUCAAAGGCAAACCUUCCCGCAGCAAAAGGACCCUCGACACCACUAAGUAAAGGUCAACAACCUAGCAUACCUGUACUUGGAGGGCCGGCGUCACAAUUUAUCAAAGAGCUGCCCCCGGAACUAGCGAGGAAGCAAUGGUACGCGCAAAAACUAUACGAUGCUGGUCAAACAGCUAUAUACAGACCCCCAUCUCAUUUUGGGAUCUACGCCGCGGCAUUUACUAUGGGAAGCAGUGCUAUUGCCAUUGCCGGUCUUCUCGCAUAUGGUAAUAUUUGGGCUUGGACAGGAGACGCCGACCUGCCGUGGUUCGUGCCAGUCGCACAUCGCUUGGGGAUUUUUGUCUUCUCAGCCGUUGGCUGGCUCAUAAUGAUGCGCUCGUUAAGGUUCAUCAAAGCAAUCGACCUCGUGCCGGUAAACGGGGUUGUGAAGUUGGCGGUACAGGUACGCCGGCCUCUACCUUUCCUAAAGCCGAAGGAAUUUCUCAUCGAACCUUACCGCUUUCAAAUGGACCAAAAGUUCGUGCAACAAUUGGAGGAACCUAUUUUCAUGAUGGAACAUGCAGAAGGCUCGGCUUCAACAAACAAGGCUUCAGGGGGACUGGUCUCAGGGAUUGGGCGAGCUAUCAGCAAAGCAAUUUAUUAUCCCUUUGCAUCAACGAGAAGGUUGAUGACCCUCGAGGGUUUUAUGUUCGUCAACUUUGAAGGGAGCCGUGGCAAGAUGAAGCUGGACACGCAGGGACUUUUCUCCAAUGGAGCAAAGGAUCUUAUCGAAAUGGGCACCAUCAAUCUUUGA